CAGAAAGAACAGUAAAAAUGCAGGCAGGGCGCCGGACAAAGCACUCGGGACAAAAUUGAAUUUAGUGAAUGUCACUUUUUGUCAUUUUCAAAUUUCCCGCCAGUUCCGUCCCCCGUACGUCCCGACGUCGCAGGGAACAGAACCCGGAAGACAGAUGCCGGCAUCAGUCAGAGGACAUUGCUGGGGACACACUGCAGGAGGGACAUCACGGGAGCACAGGACAAGGUAAGUGAUCGAGAGAUCCCGGAGCAACUCUGCAGUGUAUUCCUGAGUGUAGCUCGGGG